AUGACCGUGAUAUUAGAACUCACCCUCAUAUCAACGGAAGGAUUAAACAACUACACUUCCUGUCUCAACCCCACCGUAAGACCCUUCAUCACCCUCACCAAAUUUCCACCCACCACAACUACCACACCUACUACAGCAUGGGAUAAUAACAUGUUCCGCAUCCCACUCGAUCCUACCUUCUUUUCAGAAGCAUCUUCAUGUCUAUAUCUACAGUUAUUCAUCAAGCGGAGAAUCAUGGGCCAGGUCCAACUUGGGUGGUGUUUUAUUCCGGCCUCGGAUAUUGGCCUUCUUACACUGGAUUCAGUCCGGUACCUGAGUUACAGACUACGAGGCAGAGACGGUUCAAGGAGACAUGUCAUCAUCAAUAUCUCUGUCCGAUUGAAUCUAAUGUCGCUGUCACCUGACAUGGACACAUGUCACACUGUCAUUGGGAUACCAGUGACAGCCAUUAGGGAGCUUAAUUUCCAUGUUAGAAGGUUUUAG